AUGUCGACGGAAUCCUUUUUCGUAAGUAAUUUCCUAGCACUUCAAGGAUAAGCUAAGCAACCUCUGUGUUUUUCUUGGCUAAUGUACUCUAAAAUAGCCAUUCAAACAAGAUCAUCCAAAAUUUCCCGCAGCAUUGCGCACCCUCCAGAAAAGCUUCAAGGCAAGAGAUGAAAGAGAUAAGGAUAUUCUUAUUGAGCAAGUUGAUAAUGUCAGCUACAUUGGCAUGUUCGAAAACGGGUGCCGCAAAGCUUUCUCUGGGAUUUUUCGCCGCUCAUCCAAGGACUUCUGCCUAAUCGAAAAUAUGAAUCCUGAUCUCCUUACAGAGUUCUUUUUCGACAUUAAACACAGCAUUAAUCCUUCACAGAAUGCAGACAUUACACCUGCAGUGAAAGGCGUACCAGAUAUGCGCAAGUUCUUCUUUAUCAGCUGCAACUAUCUUGACCCGGAGCAUAUUAUUGUUCGCACAUAUUCCAAGUUAAGAGGUUUUGACUGGAAUGAUCAAGCGCAGAUCAAUGAUCUCAACCUCUUCCGUCAGGCAGCCAUUACGGAGGCUUGCGGAGUCACUGCUUUUGACGAAGAUGGUGCCAUUCUCAAGCCAAGGUGGAUGAAAUCUAUGGUCACAGAAGGAACUGACAAGCCAAAUUCAAGGAAGCGGAAGGCGAAAUCUAUUAAAGGACCUCCGGAUGACAAAAUAAAGAAAGGUCCAAGCCUCCGGACUCAGCUGAGAAGUCGAGCUCUGACUCCGAAGCCUGUCCAGUCGGCUGCACAAACCUUGCGACCACAGCCGGCUGCACACGUCUUCCUGUUCCGACCUACUGCACCACAAUUUCAGCCUAAUCUACCAGCAUACGGGACUACUGGUAUGCAACUUCAAGCUUUAGGAGCACUGAUAGCAUUUCCUACACGAAAUCAAGAACAAGGAAUGCAAGGUUUAUGGCGUGACUUGCAUACUGGUCGGCCUGUGCAUGGCUCAGGAUAUAUAUCCCCUCAACUUAGUCAGGGUGACAGCCAUGUGGCAUUUUCUCAGCAUAAUCUGCAACCUAGAAUGAACCAGUACCAGGGCCAAGGAUUUGGAAUGAAUCAACAAGCUCCACAAGGAUAUAAUCCAUUUCCAAACCAAAGAUCUGGAAUGCCAUAUCAAGGAGCUCAAGAGAGUUACGGAUCUUUGCUUCGGUAUCCAACACAAAACUAUUUCCCGUCCCAGAUUCAAGAAUAUGGGAUGAUUCAGCAACAAAAUGUUCAGCAAGGAUAUAAUCCUUCACAAAGUUAUGGAUAUGUACCUCAAUAUAUUUCAGCGCAAGGCCAAGUCCCGCUUCAACCCCAAGUGUACGGAAUGCAUCAACAACCAGCUCAACGAGGAUCCACUCAAUCUAUGAGCCAACGUUAUGGAAUGCAUCAACAGAUUCAACACAGUCACAAUCAGAUGCACAACCAAAGCUUUGCAGUCCACCAGCAACACCAUCAGCAAAGCUACAACCGAAGCACAUUCUCUGAUUAUACACAGCAAGCAUCUAACCAAUAUAAUAUGGGCGCUAUUGCCGGCACUGGUUACGGACAAGUUCCUGAUCAAAUGACUACAUUCAUGAAUGCAAAUUCACAUCAGCAGACUUCUAGAACUGAGCCCGGAAUGGUUGCUCCACUAGCUUCCAUGCCUCCACAAUAUUUGGCGGAUGUUUUUGCCAGUAGUGAUAUGACGCUAGAAGAAUUUUUCAACAUGGAAAAAUGA